CCUCUACUCAUCCAAACUCUCCCAUAUGGCCUCUCUUGCCCAAAAUAACAGCAGGCGCCUUUCCAUAGCCAUGGAGCGAACUGGCCAAUGGAUUUUCUCUCAAGAUAUCCCUGCAGAUGUAGUAGUCGAAGUUGGCGAAGCCAAUUUCUCAUUACACAAGUUCAUGCUAGUGGCCAAGAGCAACCGAAUAAGGCAACUGAUACUGGAAUCCGACGAACCAGACCUGACCCGAAUCAACCUCUCCGACAUUCCUGGAGGACCAGAGACGUUCGAGAAGGCAGCCAAGUUCUGCUACGGUGUCAACUUCGAAAUCACAGUCCACAACGUAGCUGCUCUCCGAUGCGCCGCCGAGUACCUCCAAAUGACUGAUAAGUACUGCGACAACAACCUCAGCGGCCGUACAGAGGAUUUCCUCACUCAGGUCGCCUUGUCCAGCCUCUCCGGCGCCAUUGUCGUCCUCAAAUCGUGUGAAGGCCUCACUCCCAUGGCUGAGGACCUCAAAAUCGUUCAGAGAUGUGUAGAAGUGGUCACUUCUAAGGUUACAAUAGAGGCAAACUUUCCGAGCAGAGCGCCGACGAACUGGUGGACGGAGGAGCUAUCUAUUUUGGACAUUGAAUUCUUUGGGAGAGUUAUAAAAUCCAUGAAGCAACGUGCUUCGAAAACUCUCACCGUAUCGAGCGCGAUCGUUACAUACGCAGAGAGAUGGCUCCGGGAUUUGAUCCGGGACCACUCCGGCGCCGGCACCAAGGCCUUGGACUCCGACGACUCCGACGUCAGAGUCCACCAGCGGGAACUUAUACAGUCCAUAGUGGCUCUCCUUCCUUCCGAGAAGGCCGCUCUACCGAUCAACUUCCUCUGCUGCCUUCUUAGAUCAGCGACGUUCGUCAAGGCCUCGACGGCAGCCAAGAACGAGCUGGAGAAGCGGAUCUCGGCGAUCUUGGAGCACGUGACAGUCGACGACCUGCUGGUGUUGUCGUUUACUUACGACGGCGAGAGGCUGUUCGAUCUGGAGAGCGUGAGGAGGAUUAUAUCGGGGUUUGUGGAGAGGGAGAAGAGCGUGGCGGUUUUUAACGCCGGUGACUUCAGAGAGGUGUGCUCCGCUGCGAUGCUUAGAGUUGCUAAGACUGUGGAUGCGUAUCUCGGCGAGAUAGCCACCUGUACCGAGCUUAGCAUAUCCAAGUUUAAUGGCAUCGCCGUCCUCGUCCCCAAAGGCGCGCGUAAAGUCGACGACGAUCUCUACCGGGCCGUUGACAUAUACUUGAAGGCUCAUCCAAACCUUGAUGAGAUAGAGAGGGAGAAAGUGUGCAGUGUAAUGGAUGCGUUGAAGUUGUCGUACGAAGCGAGAUUGCAUGCUUCGCAAAAUAAGCGUUUGCCGGUACAGAUUGUGCUGCAUGCGCUCUACUACGACCAGCUCAAGCUAAGGAGCGGCGAAGAGGAGAACGAGACGCAAAUUGAUGCUGCAUCGACGAGAAAUCAGGUACAGGCCGACGUGUCGUUGGCUAAGGAAAACGAGGUCCUUAGAACAGAGCUACUGAAGAUGAAGAUGUACAUUUCAGACAUAAAAAAGAGUGGAGGUGGUGCGGGUGCAAGUGCAGCGACGACAUCGUCUGGGAAAGGCGGUGGGGGGCCGAGAAAGCCGACAUUUUUCUCGUCGGUGUCGAAGAAACUGGGGAAGUUGAAUCCCUUCAAAAAUGGGUCUAAGGAUACUUCCAACAUUGAUGAUUGUGUGGACGUUACCAAGCCUAGAAGAAGAAGGUUUUCCAUCUCUUAAUCAAGUUUGUUUUAAGCUUCUUCAGUUCUUCCUACUCGAUUAGUAACUGUACAUGUUUGCACUUUGUGGUGGUGAUGUUUUUUUUUUUCUUAUUCUUAUUUGUUCUCUCUGUUUUUUUUAUAUUUUUUUAUUGAGAUUUGUUAUCUGAAUUUUGGAGCACGCUUGCUCAAUUUGUGUAGUGAUGAAUAUAUAUAAAAAAUGUCUGCUAUGGAUGUAUUCUUGC